UUUCCAGUGCCCAUACUAUAUAACAGUAUCCAUACUAUAUAACCAGAGCAUACCCCUGCUAUCCUACCUAAUCCCCAUCAUCUACUAUCCUAAAGUACCGAGUCCCAAACCAAACGAACCCCCCUCACAACCACAAUAUACAUCUGCACACAAUGUCCACCCCAAAUCCAACCACAAUGAACUUCAUCUCCAUCAACAAACUCACCAACACCCGUGUCCUCCUCAUCGGGGGCACCUCCGGCAUCGGCUUCGCCGUUGCCCGCGCCGCCCUCGAACACGGCGCCAGCAUCAUCCUGUCCAGUUCCAAGGCAGAAAAAGUUCAGUCGGCUAUAUCCCGUCUCCAACAACUCUACCCGGACCCAUCCUUCACCUCCCGCAUUACCGGGAAGGCAUAUGAUCUGAGUGAUCAAUCUACCCUAGAAACAACUAUCAUCUCACUGCUUGACUACGCUACAUCGCCUUCCAUAUUCCCCAAUAAUACCAAUAUCAAUACCAAUACCAAUACCAAUACAACCAGUACCACCGAAGGUGAUGACAAGAAAAAAAUCCUGCUCAACCACAUCAUCUACACCUCCGGCACGCGCCCCUCCCGCAUCCCCAUCUCCCCUACCACCACAACCCUCACACCACAAUUCUACACGCAAAGCCAAACGCUCCGCGUCCUGGCACCCCUCAUGCUCGGCAAAUAUGCAAAGUCCUACAUGGUGGAUGAACAUACCUCGUCGAUGACAUUUACCUCUGGGGUAUUGGCGUCGAAGCCCGUACCGGGGACGACAUUGGGUGCGAUGGCGGGGAGUGCCCUGGGCGGGUUGGUGAGGGGGUUGGCGGUGGAGUUGGCGCCGAUAAGGGCGAAUGUGGUGGCGCCGGGGGCGGUAGAGACGGAGAUUUUUGAUGAGUUGGGGGUGGAGGAGAGGAAGGCAGUUAAGGAGAUGUUCAGAAAGGGGACGGUGUUGGGGAGGGUUGCGGAGCCGGGGGAUGUGGCGGAGGCGUAUGUUUGGUGUAUGAAGGAUGGGUUUGUGAGUGGGCAGUGGGUGGGGAGUGAUGGGGGGCUUUGCUUAAGUCUGCGAUGUAGAUCUAGUACUAGAUGUAGUAGUAUACUACUCAGUUAUGAUGGGUUCUUGGGGGAGAGGUAGGGCUGGCUGUUGUGGUGCUUUUUGAUAUGUAGGGGUGGGA